GCUUACCCGACACGUGACUUUCCUUGUGUGCCACACUACACUGUAGGAUUGAUGAUGCUGGACAACACUUCUGAAGUUGAUCUCGAGUCAGAUACUAGCUCAGUUGAUGGCAUCAAGGAGAAUAUUGCAACCAACGAACAACUAUGCCACCGAGUGGAAUCUUUGCAACAGGAGAACCGAGUUUUGAAGACCGAAAUAGAAACGCUAAAGUUGAAAAUCAGGGGACUGAACGAAGUAAAUCAACAGCUUCGACAGAACAGCGUCAAUAUCCAAGCGAGGGCGGAACAGGAAGAAGAGUACAUCAGUAAUACUCUGCUGAAAAAGAUCACGGAGUUGAAGAAAGAGAAGGAAUCCCUAGCUAUCAAUUAUGAACAAGAAGAGGAAUGUCUUACAAACGAACUUAAUCGCAAAUUCACACAAUUACGACAAGAAAAAGUGGCCCUCGAGCGUACGUUAGCUCGCGAACAAGAAGAUCAGGUAAGCAAGCUGAAACUUCGAAUCGAGAAGUUGGAAACGGAUAUGCAUAAUAAACAGGAAUGUUUGGAUCGAUUGCGCAGGGAGAAAAUCGAAUUGGAGAACGCACUGGAACAAGAACAGGAGGCUUUGGUUAAUCGCCUAUGGAAGAAGAUGGAGAAAUUGGAAAAUGAGAAACGUACGCUUCAGGAUAAACUCGAAUCACUGGGUGCUCUUCUAUCCGGGAGUUCAAGUAACCAAAGUCUGGGCAGUGGCACCCAACAGAGUACGUCUGGCAACACCAACGUUGUACCUACUUGCGUUGCUGUAUCGAUGGCUCCUUCUGCACCAAAUGUUCCAACUACGCGACCGACCAGCAGUGGUCAUGGAAGUCUUCGGGCUUCACUUCACAACCACGGGGCACCCUCGUCCGCACCUUCAGCGGCGGUUUCUUCCAGUUCUCCCCUUCUGUGCACCGUCCCCGCCCCCUUAGGAUCAACUACUGACGCUGUGCGAUCCUCUAUUCCAAACUCCGGAGUCUCAACUGCGUUAGAUGUGUCAUCAGGAGAUGUGAGGCAGUCAAGCGCAAACGCGAAUACAAACGAAGUUAACCGGAUUCAUACCGGAGAUGUGGCUACCGCUCAAAGUCCAAUGGACGUUGAUAACUAUGAUCACAGUGGCUCUACCAGUCCUUGCCGAACUAAGAUACCUAAUUUUGUACAGAAAAUCCCCGGAGAUAGUACCAAAAUAACUGUUGGUCCCCCGAAACCAGAGCAACCGACCAACUGGAGCUCUUUUAUUACUGAAGCCUAUGUGAACCAGCUGCGGGAGGAAGUCGGGCAUCUUAAAAAGCUUCUCGAGCAACAGGAGGCAGAAAACGCCAGCAAAAUGCCUGUGUAUGAAUCAGAGGAGCGCUCAGCUGUUGAAGAGAAUCGCCGACUGAGAAAACUGUUGCAAAUGGAACGGGAACGACGAGAGGCCUUAUCGCGGCAGCUAAGCGAGAGCGAAUCCAGUUUGGAAAUGGAAGAUGAACGGCAGUUCAACGAGGCCUGCCGUAACCCUCGAAUUCGAACUACUUCGGAAAGUGCCUCUCCAUUCUAUACACCUGGUGCUGCUGCUUGGACAGUGGGCGCUAAUCCGUCAUCCAUUUACGGCCCAGGACACGCCUAUGCGGUUGCUGUUGCUGCAGGUCUCAGCGGACGAUUUUGUCGUGAAUGUGGGCAACGAGUUCCUGCACACCUCGACGAUUGGGCCUUACCCGUGUGUGGGACUUCCAGUGUUGGUCGUGGACUGCCUAACUCACUGCAUACGACGGUUAGCCACACAGCUGCCGGUCGAAUGUGUCAUGGUCACUGUUGCUCUCCCUCAGCCUCCCCCGGUAAGUCGUGCGGCCAACACAACUUCCCCCCACCGAAUUCUCCGGCAACUCCAACAACUUCAUCUGGAAGCGUUGGUGGAGGUGGACAGGGCUUUGCUAAGCCCAGGCGCCGGGUUCCGUUAGUUGUUGCACCUGCUGAUCGAACCGCUGUUGUUCCUGACACAAACACCCGUGAUUCUUACCUUGAAAACCGCCUGUCUUCAUACUCUUCCAGCGAGCAGCUGUUCGUGGACAUCGGACCGGAUAGUCAGACUGGUGAUCAAGAAGAUGAUGAUGAGGAUGCGAGAUGUGUCACUCCCCCUGUAUGCAAACCAGAUUCAACCAAACCCAACUGAAAUUCACUUCCUAUGGUACAGUUAAAGAGUUCCUCUCGACGACUCGCCUCCCUACACACGUACACAGUCAAUGCUAGGUGUUUUCAUGGCUGUGUUUGGUGUUUUAUGGUUCAUCCACCGCGCUCCUAUACACGACUGUGCAGAAUAGUCUGACUGAUCUACCUGCAUUUCUUUCUUACUGUUCCACUCAACCCUGCAUAACCAGUUACCGUGUUUGCAGACCCGUUCUCCUUUCCGUCAGCACAGAAGGUUACAUCUAAUUGAGUUCUGGUUUGUCCGCUUACCAUUCCAUCUCAAACGAUAGUCAACCUACACUGCCGUGGCAUUUGUCAUCUAUUCUGGACCUGGUUUUUAUUCUCUUUUGCUCCACCGUAACUCGGGUAAUCGCGUGUUCUUCCAACAAGGUUCCGCUGUUUUCACUCCAAUACCAUCCUUGAAUCUGAACGGGCGUCAUGGCGUCCCAUUAGCCACCACUGCCAUUUUGUUUGUGCCUGCAGAGCUUAAUUUUCUCAUUAUGCCUCUCUCAUUUGACUUGUUUCUCCUCGUACGUGUGCUCGCAGUGUGCUUUUCUCGUCCCCCUAUCGGACUAAUCCAUAAUAGUAGCUAGCUGGGCUUGCAGACUCAUUCGCCCACCCUGUUCUUUAUUAUCACCAUCCCUAUCGUGUUACAUAUUUUAAAAUCCGUUCUGCGCCAAUGCAACAG